AUGUCGAACACAGCAGAUUCCUCGCCAAGGGGCUCGAAUUCUCCUUCGCCAUAUCCAUAUCAAGGUGGCAGGACCCCCAUCGAUGCCAUUAUAGCCUCGGCUCGUGCCGGUUCUUCUUCCCGCAGGAAUCUUGUCGACACAGAGAUGGAGGAUCGUUCCGAAUCCCCCGCCGAAUUCGCUGCUCGUAAUGGCACCUCGCUGCCUCGUCCGCCACCGUCUCCCUCAAGCACCUCUCAGUCCGAUGACGGUGGAGCACAGGAAGACUUCGCCGAUCUCGCCUCCAUAGACGACGCGGACACCAAGCGAGGCGCCGUCGAGCGCUCCUUUGAUCCGUCCGCUGUCCGCCUAUCUCGCCGUGGCACCCUUGUGCCCGCCUCUCCUACAUCCUCCAACGGCACCUGGAUCCUCCAGGAUGCGCCCCUUAGCACCGCAUCCAACCUUCCACACGAGAUUCUCCUCCACAUUUUCAAGUAUCUCGUCCUCUAUCCUCCCGAUCUGCUCUCGUGCCUGCUCGUCUGCAAAUCAUGGUGCUUGAACGGCGUUGAGCUGCUGUGGCAUCGCCCCGCGCUCUUCAAAAUUUCUUCCUUGUUCAAGUUGGUCGGCGUCAUUCGUAAGCCGGAGCAGCUCUUCCCGUACGCCGACUUUGUCCGCAGGCUCAACUUCACGUUACUCGCCAACCAGCUCGAGGACCAGCUCUUCUCCAUGAUGUCGGCGUGCACGCGCCUCGAGAGACUCACGCUUGCUGGCUGCUCCAACAUCACAGACGCCACUCUUGUCAAAGUGUUCCAAAACACGCCACAGCUGGUAGCCAUUGAUCUCACAGACGUCGCCGACAUCUCGGACGCCACCUUGCUGACGCUCGCAGCAAAUUGUCCCAAAGCUCAAGGCAUCAACCUCACCGGCUGCAAAAGGAUCUCGUCCAAAGGCGUUGCCGAGCUUGCCCGCAGCUGUAAGUUUCUAAGGAGGGUCAAGCUGUGCGGUUGCGACAACGUCGACGACGAGGCGCUGCUCGCGUUGACGGAGCACUGCCCUUCGUUGUUGGAGAUGGAUCUGAUUCACUGCUCCAAAAUAUCGGACAAGUCGGUUAGAGAAAUUUGGACCAGAAGCUUCCAGAUGCGCGAGCUCCGCUUAGCUCAUUGUACGGAGCUCACAGACAAUGCCUUCCCUUCGGCGCGCGGAACCACGGGCGUGUCCAUGCUGGGUACCUCGCAUUCGCACGGCUCACGCUCCGGCAUGAUCGCUGCAUCGGCCUUCGCAAGUGAGUCAGCACCCACAAGUCGUGGGGCAUCUCCAAGUGUCAAUGCGGCAAUGGACACAAGGCGCGAUGGCGGACUCACGGGCUCCGCUAGCAUACUCAGUGACUUGGGGGGUCACAGCCGACUCUUUGACCAUCUGCGCGUUUUGGACCUCACCAGCUGCACGUCCAUUUCAGACGACGCGGUCGAAGGUAUCGUUGCCAAUGUGCCUCGCCUCAAGAACCUUGCCCUCACCAAAUGCACGCGCCUCACCGACGAAGCGCUGUAUAGCAUCGCCAAGCUCGGCAAAAACCUGCACUACCUCCACCUCGGUCACGUCUCCAACAUUACCGAUCGCGCCGUCACCCAUCUAGCACGCUCCUGCACGAGGUUGCGUUACAUUGACGUCGCCUGCUGUCCGAACUUGACCGACCUUUCGGUGACCGAGAUUGCGAACAACAUGCCGAAGCUCCGCCGCAUUGGACUGGUCAAGGUGGUCAAUCUGACAGAUCAGGCGAUCUACGGGCUGGUAGAUAGGUACAAUUCGCUCGAGCGCAUCCAUCUAUCGUACUGCGAGAACGUCUCGGUGCCUGCCAUCUUUUGCGUGCUGCAGAAGCUGGGUCGAUUGACGCAUUUGAGUCUGACGGGUGUGCCUGCGUUUAGACGGCCCGAGCUGCAGGCCAUGUGCAGGGCGCCGCCGAAGGAUUUCAACGAGCACCAGAGGCAAGCAUUCUGCGUGUACAGCGGUAAAGGUGUGCAUGAUCUUCGCAAAUUUUUGCAGCGAGUGUAUAGCGAUGAACAGCUAGCAGCGGAGUUCGGAGGGUCGGAGGCGAGGGCGAGGAACGCGUUGGGUGGAUUGGGUGAUAUUGACGUAGUUGGUGUCAAUGGAAACGGUCACGGAGCAGGUGGGCUCCACCAGCCGCAUGCGCUCGCCCAACCUCAUCCGCACGCUGCAGCGUUUGGGGGGCUGACUGGAGCAGCAGGCAUGGGGUACGCUCCGCCACAAUCAUUAGCACCCGCGGCGACGGGUCUCGGUGGCGGAGGCGCUCGCGGUGCUCCCCGCCACCACGACGCCGAACUUGUGACACGACAUUUGGAGCUCACGCCGGCGGAAGAGAUGUACUACGAGCAGCAGCGGCGUCUUGCGCGCUAUGCGAAUGCACGUCGAGCCGCCGAAGACGCAGCGCUGCUCAACCGGCCUACGUUGAUGGACGGCGCGAAUCGACGCGUGCUGGCGGAUGCGCAGGAGGCUCGCAACCCCGGAGUACCGUUGGUGGGCGAGACGCUGGGGCAGCCGAUGGCGGAGGACGAGGUGGAGGAGGACGAGGCGGAGGAGUACGGCACGCCGGAUGCGCAGGAUAUGGCUGAUGCUGAGCCGCAGCAUGGGUUUGGGCAGGGCGGUGUGCCGCAGGGGAUCCAGCAGCAGGCGCGAGGACCAAUACCACCAGACGAAGAGGGCGUGGUGGAUAGAGACCGGCUGCGCGCUCUGAGAGGCGCUCGUUUCGGCGCUUAG